AUGUCUGUAUUCAACUCUUCUCGUCUUCUCGGGAAAACCGUCUUGGUCACUGGGGCAAGCUCCGGUAUCGGUGCGGCAACAGCAGUGCUAUUUGCAAAAGGGGGUUCGAAUGUGAUCGUUACUGCUCGGCGGGCGGAUGCUCUGCAGAAGGUAGUUGAGAGGUGUGUCGCUGCACACAGGGAAGCAGGUGCUCAGUGCGGCGGCAAAUUUGUUGCCAUCCCCUUCGAUGUCUCCGACAAGAACCAAGUUGCUUCCUUUCCCGACAAAAUCCCUGCAGAGCUCCGGCGCAUUGACAUCCUCGUAAACAACGCAGGAUACGUCGUAGGCGUCGACCGUGUAGGAGAUAUCUCACUGGAGAACAUGGAGGGAAUGUUCGCCACCAACGUAUUUGGCCUGAUUGCUUUGACCCAGCUUUUCGUCAAAGAUUUCAGAGAAAGGGGCACCGGUCACAUAAUCAAUAUCGGUUCGAUUGCAGGGAAGGAACCCUAUGCUGGUGGUAGCAUUUACUGCGCAACAAAGUACGCGUUGCACGCGUUCACAGCAGCGUUGAUGAGAGAAGUUGUCGAUACCCCUAUCAGGGUAACGGAGAUUCAGCCAGGUAUGGUCGAGACAGAAUUCUCCAUCAUCAGAUACAGGGGCGACAAAACAGCAGCAGAUAAGGUGUAUGAUGGUCUACAACCUUUGGUUGCUGAGGAUAUCGCUGAAGAAAUCGUCUGGGCAGCAUCACGUCCACCGCACGUGAACAUCGCAGAACUAUUUGUUCUCCCCGUUAACCAGGCCUCUGCUACUAUUACUUACCGGUCCCAAGCUUGA